CUGAGAGAGGAGAGAGACAUAUACUCUCUCUUCCAUACACUCAUGCCCCUUUGUCUUUCCCUUUGCCGUUAAGUCUUCCUUUCUUCUGCUUCACCUAACCUCCAAAUCUUCUUUACCCCUUUGGAACAAUGGCAGCAACCUCAGCUCCCUCAGACUAUUCCCAGCAACCCCAUUUCAAAAUGCCAAAACAAGCCUCAACAGUUAAGCAGCAGCAUUCAAGUAAGUCCUCUUGUUCUAACAUUUUCUUGAAAUCUCUUAUAGUCAUGCUUAUUCUGGUUGUUAUCCCACUCUUUCCUUCCCAAGCUCCUGACUUUAUAACCCAAAGUAUAGUAACUCAGUUCUGGGAGCUUUUUCACCUUUUGUUCAUUGGCAUUGCUGUGUGUUAUGGCUUGUUUUGUAAAAGAAGUAGUACCAAGACUUAUGCUGAAACACAUUCAAGAUUUGAGAGUUCAGAUGCAUAUGCUACUUCUGGGAUUUCAAAUGUAGCCUCAAUCUUUGAUAAUGGGCUUGAAAAUUUUUGUGGGUCUGAUGAGAAAAGAGUGAUCCCAAGUUGGGAUUCUCAGUUCUUGCAUUAUCAAAAUAGGGGCCAAGAAAGAUUUGAGCUUGUUGAGGGUGAAAAGGUUAGAUCUUUUUUAGGUGAAAAUGGGGCUCAAAAUUCUUGUGGCUCUGAUGUCCCAAAUUGGGAGUCUCCAUUCUUGAAUUAUGAGUAUAGGGGUCAAGAAAGGUCUAAUCUUGAUGAUGGUGAGAAAAGUAGAUGCUUUUCAGAUGUAGAUGGGGUUGAAAACACGGAUGGGUUGAGUGAGAGGGAAGUAGCUCAAGUUUGGAAUUCUCAGUACGUUGUUGGUGAAUCCAUGGUGGUUGUUGCCAAUGGAAACUAUGGGGUUGAAAAUGUUGACCACAUUGACCAUAAACCUUUAGGCUUGCCUGUUAGGAGCCUGAGAAACAGACUUGUUAAUGCUGAAAACCCGGAAUUUAUUCAAGAAAAUACUGCUAAUUCAGGGGGUUCGUCUGGUAGUAUUGGUUAUGAAGUUAGAGGGGAAAAGAUAAGAGGAAUGUCUCGUAUCAAUUUGGGGAGGAAGUUUGAGGAGGUUUCUGGACCUCGCCAAAUUUCAUGGCGAUUGAGGUCUCAGAAGAGAGAAAUAGGAGGGGUGAAUACAGUUAGACCGCCUUCACAUACUAGGCCUCACUCGGUUGGACAAUUGGAGUUUGGGCAUCUCAAGUCUAGGUCGUUCAGUAGAGCAGUAUCCUCUCGGACUAGUCCUACUUCUUCACCAAGUAUUACCUCGCCUUCAUCCUCUUAUUCUUCAGAAAAUGGAAGUGUCAAAAUGGAAAUGCCACACUCUGACCCACAUUAUGCAUUUGAGAGUAUAUCCAGCUCGGCUUCAGAACAGACAGGAACCUCCAUUGGAGAAGCAGCAGUUUUAACUUCAAAGGUCAACGAACCUAGCAAUCAGUCAUUUCCAGAAAUGAAUGUGCAGCUGAGAGAUGACUAUGAAGAGGAUGCAACAAAGAUGAAAAUGAAUCCUUCUAGUGUAGAAGCAUGUCAUGUUCAAAGUCAUCCACAUUGUGAGCCCAAAUGUGCUGGAGAAACUGAGUUAGGGCAUCUAGAGCCAUGGUCAUUCUGGAAUCGGAUACGCUCUCAAAUUGUUUCCAAUUCUUCUUCUCCUAGAGCAAUUUCACCAAUGUCCGCUGCCUCUCCAGAAAUGCCAAGCUCCAGAAAGGAAGACCUUGAGAAACUGAAGAAUGUCAAGCCUCCAUCUGUCCAAGUUAGUCAACCAACAGCGAGAUCAGCGAAUGAUACAGCUGCAUUCGUUGCUUCAAGGACUCGACGAUCUACUGUUGGUUCUUCUUCAGAGUUUGAUACUCAUUGUACAUCUAAAGAUAAAUUAAAGAAUGUUGGAUCUGUGAAUGAUGAAGCAACAUACCAUACCUCAAAAUCUCGAGCAUUUAGCAUUGGUUCUUCUUCAGAAAUAACUGUGCAUGAAAAUUCAAAAUUGAAGCAUGCCAGCAAGGAUCUUAAAGAGGAUUCUUCAUACAUGCAAAAAGAAAGUGUCAAUUCCUUGGUUUCAGAUGUGAAACAACCGAUACCUGCGAAAAUUUUGUCAAGGGGAAAAUCAGUCAGAACAUUUAGAUCCCGCAGAAGUUAUAUUGGUAGAUCAAAAAGAAAGGAAGGUAGUCCAAAAGAAAGUGGAGACAUAAAUGAGGUCAAUUGUGAUGAAUUUGACUCAGUAUCAUCCAUGAAGUUCACCAACAGCGAAGGGCAUGCAAAUCCACUAGUCAAUUCCCGAGAAGACAUUCUUACAACAGUGGGCCAAUUCCAAGCUCAGCAUUCUCUGAAAGUGAGCGUGAAGCAAAGCAACUUUUUGUUAAUACGGACAUUGUGGAAUCUAAGGAGAACUCAGAAUGCAAAGGGAACCCCGAGAAUGUGUUACCCAAUUCUCAUAUGAGUUCUGAUGAAGAAGCUGACUUUAACCUUGUGGAUGAUAUGGAUCUAGGAAGUGAGGUUGAUAGAAAAGCCGGUGAAUUCAUUGCCAAGUUCAGAGAACAGAUUAGGCUUCAGAAAAUUGAAUCAUUUCGACGGACCAGUGGUUAGUAGUUAACAAUUUAUCAUGAGAUGUUACCAUAACCAAGGGAUGGUGGGAUGGAUGAGACCAUUUACGCUUAAACAGAGAUAUUGAAUUUGAGCUUUGAGAAAGGAGGAAUUCAUGGCAAGGAGCACUUCGCCCUUAAAUGGAUCCUAUGCGGCGUGAAUCUAGAUUAGUCGGGUUAAGUGGUUUCGACAGCAAGGUUGAACAAAGAUCAAAUCAAAUUCUUGGUGUUCUGGCAAGUCCUGUUAUGUCAACAACUUUAUUUUUAUUUCACUAGAAAGUUUGCGUACAUGCAAAUUACAGUGAUUUCCAUUAAAAAUAUAAUUAGUCAUAUGCUACUUGUUGGCUUUUAGCUUCA